ACUCUAGGAUCACGUUGCACGCGCUUAUAUUGGGAGCCCCCGCUCGUUUCCCCGACAGAACGGCUCUCUAACGGCCGCCCAGAACGUGCCGCCAGAAGUAGUCCGUCCGCCGCCGAACCAACAACAAGCCCCCGAAGGCAAACGACAGGAAGAAGAGGAACGGUCUUCCCCUCCCACCGAAGAAGAAAAAGAAGAAGAAGAAGCAGCAGCAGCAAGACAUCAGGAGGAAACCCGUGAGUGCUACGGCAUCAGUUUACCGCCAGUAGAGCCGAGAAGAAGAACCAAAGAUGCCAGCCCCGAAGGCCCAGGAGGGAGAGGAUCCCGAUCCGACCCCAUACCUCUUCGUCUCCCUCGAGCAGAAGAGGAUCGAUCAGACGAAACCUUACGACGCAAAGAAAGCAUGCUGGGUGCCCGACGAGAAGGAGGGCUACCUCCUCGGCGAGAUCAAAGCCACCAAGGGCGAUGUCGUCAGCGUUGGCUUGCCUGGCGGCGAGACCAAGGACUUCAAGAAGGACCAGCUGCAGCAGGUGAACCCGCCCAAGUAUGAGAAAGCUGAAGACAUGUCCAAUCUGACCUACCUCAACGAUGCUUCGGUCCUCCACAACUUGAAGCAACGUUACUACGCCAAGCUCAUCUACACCUAUUCCGGCCUGUUCUGCGUGGCUAUUAAUCCCUACAAAAGAUUCCCCGUGUACACCCAUAGAUGCGCCAAAUUGUACCGCGGCAAGAGGCGUAGCGAGGUGCCGCCGCACAUUUUCGCCAUUUCUGAUGGAGCCUACGUCAACAUGCUCACCAACAGCGAGAACCAAUCUAUGUUGAUCACCGGUGAGUCUGGUGCCGGAAAGACUGAGAAUACGAAGAAGGUAAUCGCGUACUUCGCCACCGUCGGCGCCUCGACCAAAAAAGAAAAGGAAGACACAGGAAGUCAGAAGAAGGGCUCUCUGGAGGACCAGGUCGUCCAGACCAACCCUGUCCUGGAGGCCUUUGGUAACGCCAAGACCGUCCGUAACGAUAACUCCUCUCGUUUCGGUAAAUUUAUCCGUAUUCACUUCGGUCCUUCUGGAAAGCUGGCCGGUGCCGAUAUCGAGACAUAUCUGCUGGAGAAGGCUCGUGUCAUCUCUCAACAAACCCUCGAGCGUUCUUACCACAUCUUCUAUCAGAUAAUGUCCGGAUCAGUCAAGGGACUGAAGGAGAUGUGUCUGCUGUCCAACAACAUCACCGACUACUACUUUGUAUCGCAAGGCAAGACGACGAUUCCCGGCCUCGAUGACGGCGAAGAGCUUUUGGUUACCGAUCAAGCUUUCGACGUGCUGGGCUUCACCCAGGAAGAGAAGGAUAACAUCUACAAGAUCACCGCGGCCGUCAUGCACAUGGGUGGCAUGAAAUUCAAGCAAAGGGGUCGUGAGGAACAAGCUGAAGCUGAUGGCACUGAAGAAGGUGAGCGCGUGGCUAAACUGCUUGGCUGCGACUGUGCCGAUCUUUACAAGAACUUGCUGAAGCCAAGGAUCAAGGUCGGUAACGAGUUCGUCACCCAGGGUCGUAACAAGGAUCAAGUAGCCUAUUCCGUGGGCGCCAUGUCGAAGGCGAUGUUCGACAGGCUGUUCAAGUGGCUGGUGAAGAAGUGUAACGAGACCCUGGACACCAAGCAGAAGAGGCAGCACUUCAUCGGUGUGCUGGAUAUCGCCGGUUUCGAGAUCUUCGACUUCAACAGCUUCGAACAGCUCUGCAUCAACUUCACCAACGAGAAGCUGCAGCAGUUCUUCAACCAUCACAUGUUCGUCCUCGAACAAGAAGAGUAUACAAAGGAGGGCAUUGAGUGGGCCUUCAUAGAUUUUGGCAUGGACCUGCUCGCAUGUAUCGAUCUGAUCGAGAAGCCUAUGGGUAUCCUCUCCAUUCUUGAGGAAGAGUCUAUGUUCCCCAAGGCCACCGACAAGACCUUCGAGGAGAAGCUGAACAACAACCAUCUCGGCAAGAGUCCCAACUUCCUGAAGCCCAAGCCGCCCAAACCGGGCCAGCAAGCGGCCCACUUCGCUAUCGGCCAUUAUGCUGGCAACGUACCGUACAACAUCACCGGCUGGCUGGAGAAGAACAAGGACCCGCUGAACGACACGGUAGUCGAUCAAUUCAAGAAGUCCACUAACAAGCUGCUGGUGGAGAUCUUCGCUGAUCAUCCUGGUCAGUCCGGUGACGCUGGUGGCGGCGGCGGCGGCGGCAAGGGCGGACGUGGCAAGAAGGGCGGUGGUUUCUCCACUGUGUCGUCCUCCUACAAGGAGCAGUUGAACAACCUGAUGACUACCCUGCGUGCCACCCAACCCCACUUUGUCCGUUGUAUCAUCCCCAACGAAUUGAAGCAGCCGGGUGUGAUCGACUCCCAUCUGGUCAUGCAUCAGCUCACCUGUAACGGUGUGCUUGAAGGCAUCCGUAUCUGUCGUAAAGGUUUCCCCAACAGAAUGGUGUAUCCUGAUUUUAAGCUACGAUACAAAAUUCUGUGCGCCAAUGCCGUGCGAGAGCCUUGCGAGCCGCAAAAGGCCACCCAGAUCAUCCUGGACGCGAUCAAUUUGGAGAACGAUCAGUACCGCAUGGGUCACACCAAGGUAUUCUUCCGUGCCGGAGUUCUGGGUCAGAUGGAGGAGCUUCGCGACGAGCGUCUCGGUAAGAUCGUAUCCUGGAUGCAAGCUUACAUCAGGGGUUACCUGUCCCGUAAGGACUACAAGAAACUUCAGGAACAACGCUUGGCCCUCGUGGUCGUCCAGAGGAACUUGAGAAAGUACCUCCAACUCCGCACUUGGCCGUGGUGGAAGUUGUGGCAGAAGAUCAAGCCUCUGCUCAACGUCACUCGCAUCGAGGAUGAGAUGGCCGCGCUGGAAGAGAAAGCCAGGAAGGCGCAGGAAGCCUUCGAGAAGGAGGAGAAGCUGCGCAAAGAGUUGGAGGACCUGAACGCCAAGCUCCUCAGCGAGAAGACCAAUCUACUGCGCCAGUUGGAGGGUGAGAAGAGCGGACUAUCCGAGUACCAGGAGAAAGCUCUGAAACUAGCCGCGCAAAAGGCCGACCUCGAAUCACAGCUCCAGGAUAUCAGCGACAGAUUUAAGGAAGAGGAAGACGCGAGGAACAAUCUCUUCCAGACCAAGAAGAAACUCGAGCAAGAAGUAUCCGGCUUGAAGAAGGAUAUCGAGGAUCUCGAAUUGAACUUGCAGAAGUCCGAGCAGGAUAAGGCGACAAAAGACCAUCAAAUCAGAAACCUAAACGACGAGAUCGCCCACCAGGACGAGCUCAUCAAUAAGCUCAAUAAGGAAAAGAAGAACCAGGGCGAGGUCAAUCAGAAGACCGGCGAGGAGCUCCAGGCUGCUGAGGACAAAGUCAACCACCUUAACAAGGUCAAGCUUAAGCUCGAGCAGACCCUCGACGAGCUUGAGGACUCUCUCGAGCGUGAAAAGAAGUCACGUGCCGACGUAGAGAAGGCGAAGAGAAAGGUGGAGGGUGAUCUGAAGCUCACACAGGAAGCCGUUGCCGAUCUCGAGAGAAACAAGAAGGAACUCGAACAGACUAUCCAACGCAAAGACAAGGAACUCUCGUCCCUAACUGCCAAACUUGAGGAUGAGCAAUCCUUAGUCGGUAAACUACAGAAACAGAUUAAGGAGCUGCAGGCCCGCAUCGAGGAACUCGAAGAAGAGAUCGAGGCGGAACGCGGCGGACGCGCCAAGGCCGAGAAGCAACGUAGCGAUCUCGCCCGCGAGCUCGAGGAGCUCGGUGAACGUCUGGAGGAGGCCGGUGGUGCCACUUCCGCUCAGAUCGAGCUGAACAAGAAGCGAGAGGCUGAACUCAGCAAACUCCGCAGGGACCUCGAGGAGGCCAACAUCCAGCAUGAGUCCUCGCUGGCCAUUCUGCGCAAGAAGCACAACGAUGCCGUGGCCGAGAUGGGCGAACAAAUCGACACUCUCAAUAAACUUAAGGCUAGGGUUGAGAAGGAGAAGGUGCAGUACUAUAGCGAGUUGAACGACUUGCGCACGUCCUGCGACCACCUGAGCAACGAGAAGGCUGCCCAAGAGAAAAUCGUCAAGCAGCUGCAGCACCAGCUGAACGAGACCCAAGGCAAACUUGAAGAAGUAAACCGCACUUUGAACGACUUCGAUGCCGCGAAGAAGAAAUUGUCGAUCGAGAACAGCGACUUGUUGCGCCAACUGGAAGAGGCUGAAUCGCAGGUCAGCCAGCUGUCCAAGAUCAAGAUCUCGCUCACCACGCAAUUGGAAGACACGAAGAGGCUCGCGGACGAGGAGUCGCGCGAGCGCGCCACUCUGCUCGGCAAGUUCCGCAAUCUGGAGCACGAUCUGGACAACAUUCGCGAGCAAGUGGAGGAGGAGGCUGAGGGUAAGGCCGAUCUUCAGCGUCAGCUCAGCAAGGCCAACGCCGAGGCGCAACUCUGGCGCACCAAGUACGAGUCCGAGGGUGUCGCCCGGGCUGAAGAGCUCGAGGAAGCAAAAAGGAAGCUGCAGGCCAGGUUGGCCGAGGCCGAGGAGACCAUCGAGUCUCUCAACCAGAAGGUCAUUGCUCUGGAGAAGACCAAACAGCGGCUGUCCACCGAGGUGGAGGACCUGCAAAUCGAAGUGGAUCGCGCAACCGCCAUCGCCAACGCUGCCGAAAAGAAACAGAAGGCCUUCGACAAGAUCAUUGGCGAAUGGAAGCUCAAAGUCGACGAUCUCGCCGCCGAGUUGGACGCCAGUCAAAAGGAGUGCCGCAACUACAGCACCGAACUCUUCAGGCUCAGAGGCGCGUACGAGGAAGGCCAGGAACAGCUGGAGGCAGUGCGUCGCGAGAACAAGAACCUUGCCGACGAGGUGAAGGAUCUGUUGGACCAGAUUGGCGAGGGUGGCCGCAACAUUCACGAGAUCGAGAAGGCCAGGAAGCGCCUGGAGGCUGAAAAGGACGAGCUUCAGGCAGCCCUGGAGGAGGCCGAAGCCGCUCUCGAGCAGGAGGAGAACAAGGUGCUGCGCAGCCAGCUCGAGCUCAGCCAAGUCAGACAGGAGAUCGAUCGCCGCAUCCAAGAGAAGGAAGAGGAAUUCGAAAACACCAGGAAGAACCACCAGCGUGCUCUUGACUCCAUGCAAGCCUCCCUCGAAGCAGAGGCCAAGGGUAAAGCUGAGGCGCUGCGCAUGAAGAAGAAGCUGGAAGCGGACAUCAACGAGCUGGAGAUCGCGCUGGACCACGCGAACAAAGCGAACGCCGAGGCACAGAAGAACAUCAAACGAUACCAGCAGCAGCUGAAGGACGUGCAGACCGCGCUCGAGGAGGAGCAGAGAGCGCGCGACGAGGCCCGGGAACUCCUCGGCAUCUCAGAGCGCCGCGCUAACGCUCUGCAGAAUGAGCUCGAGGAGAGCCGCACUCUCCUGGAACAGGCGGACCGCGGUCGUCGCCAGGCCGAGCAGGAACUCGCCGACUGCCACGAACAGCUGAACGAACUGAGCGCCCAGAACGCGUCCAUUUCCGGCGCCAAGAGGAAACUUGAGGCCGAACUGCAGACCCUCCACUCCGACUUGGACGAGUUGUUGAACGAGGCGAAGAACUCAGAAGAGAAGGCGAAAAAGGCGAUGGUAGACGCGGCCAGAUUGGCCGACGAGCUGCGCGCCGAGCAGGAUCACGCCCAGACCCAGGAGAAGCUGCGCAAGGCCCUGGAGACGCAGAUCAAGGAACUGCAAGUGCGCUUGGACGAGGCCGAGGCAAACGCUCUCAAGGGCGGAAAGAAGGCUAUUCAGAAGCUGGAGCAGCGCGUGCGCGAGCUGGAGAACGAGCUCGACGGCGAACAAAGGAGACACGCCGACGCCCAGAAGAACUUGCGCAAAUCCGAGCGUCGUAUCAAGGAGCUGAGCUUCCAGGCGGACGAGGACCGUAAGAACCACGAGCGCAUGCAGGAUCUGGUCGACAAGCUCCAGCAGAAGAUCAAGACGUACAAGAGGCAGAUCGAGGAGGCGGAGGAGAUCGCCGCGCUGAAUCUCGCCAAGUUCCGCAAGGCGCAGCAGGAACUCGAGGAAGCCGAGGAAAGGGCGGACCUCGCCGAGCAGGCGAUCACCAAGUUCCGCACCAAGGGACGCGGCGGAAGUGCCGCGCGUGGACUCAGCCCAGCGCCACACCGACCUGUGUUUAAACCCGAAUUUGAUGGUCCCCCAUUCCCUCGCCGUUUUCCCGGCUUCGACUUGCAGCCCGAUGGUGAACUGUAGGGCUUCUUCCGAGGUUCGCGUAAAUAAUUAGUAAAAAAACUAUCAAAAAAAAAGUCAAAAAUUCAACAGCAGAAAACAUCCGGAGAAUAAAGAAGAUGGGUAAAAGAAGAAAGAGGAGAAAGAGGAGGAAGAGGAGAAGGAGGAGGAGAAGAAGGAAGAACAUCGUCGCCCUCAUCGAGUCCAUCGUCGAACGAAGACACGAAUAUAUACAUAUAUAUGCAACGAAUUCGAGAGCUCAUUCGGAGCUCUCAACGGCAUCGUCAUCUUGCAAUCGAGCGAUCGAUCAAUCAAACAUCAUCACACAUCCGGAUCAUAGAAUUCUCGUCAUCUUUUUCGAUAAUAAUUUUUUUUGUUCAAUCGGCCAAAAAGGGAAAACGCGGAAAAUCAGCGCUCGCUCGGGAAGGAGAGAAUUAAGAGUGAGAGUGGGGAGGCAGGGGUGCGUUUUUUUACCACCUCAAGCUGACAGUCGAGGGAGAGAAAGGGAGAGAGAGAAAGGGAGGGAGAAACUGGGAGAGUGAGAGUGGGUGAGAGCGAGAGAGAAAUCGAGCGAGAGGGCGCGCGAGCGGAUGAUGAGAGGGCGAGAGCCAGCGCGACAGAUAUAUUAAUAUUUACACACACGCAUACACAGAAGACGAAAAAGGGGGGGGAGAAAAUAGAGCAACAAAUACAGAAACGUUUAUGCUCUCGCGAGUUGCACAAUAACACGUACCGAGCAAAAAUCGAGCUGGAAACAAGAUCGUGGAAAGAGGAAAAGGAUCACUCGCGAGUACAUAGUAGAACGAGAGGAGCGAGUUGCGAUGAACGUUUGAUCAGAAGCGCGUAUCAUUACACGUGUCAUCCGAAUGAUAUCGUAUCCUAUAAACUUAAUUGUAAUUUAUAAAGAGAGACGAAGUAUGUAUUUAUUAAAGUAAAUAAGCAAUAAAUAAAGAUAAGAACUAAA